AGAAGCUGCUGCUAAAGUCUCUAAAAGUCAUAAGAGUUCCGGUCUAGCUGAUUUAAACACAGCUCCUGUGAGCUGCCGGACAUUAGAGUGGGUUAGACUCCAGUGAAGAGCUGCUGAGAGAGCUGUGGACUCAGUGUGGUAUACAGGGCUAGUGUAGUGCUGGGUGUGGAGCGGUCAGUGUGCUGUGGACUCAGUGUGGUAUACAGGGCUAGUGUAGUGCUGGGAGUGGAGAGGUCAGUGUGCUGUGGACUCAGUGUGGUAUACAGUGCUAGUGUAGUGCUGGGUGUUGAGCGGUCAGUGUGCUGUGGACUCAGUGUUGUUUUACUAGUGAGGAUGUUGCUGACUUUCUAUCUUCUCUUCAUUGGGCUUCAUGUCUCUGAAGGCUGUGCUCUGGAGAGAAGCGGUGGACCACAAUUGUCUAUCACAGCCCAGAAAAGAGGGUCAGCACUGCUGCCCUGCUACUGCACUGACCUAAACACUAAGCCUGAGGCAUUGAUCUGGAGAAAAUACAACAGUCAUACAAAUCAAUGGGAAGAUAUGUCCCUUAAGGGUGAUCAGUACAGAGACAGAGUUCAGCUGUUUAAUGGUCACUCUCCAGGAAAUCUCUCUCUACUCAUAUCACACCUGACUGAAGAGGAUGGAGGAGAUUACAGGUGUGAAGUUAAGGAUUCACAUAUAAGCAUCAGACUGACUUUAAAAGGCUGUAAUCUGGUGAACAGAGAACAAGCACUGGAUAUCACAGCUCAUAUAGGAGGGUCAGUACUGCUGCCCUGCUACUGCACUGACCUACAGACCACACCUGAGGAAUUCAGAUGGACGAAAGACAACACAAAAACAGGCAAACGGGAAAACAUAUCCAGUCAGAGUGGUCAGUACAGAAACAGAGUUCAGCUGGUUAAUGGUCACUCUCCAGGAAAUCUCUCUCUACUCAUAUCACACCUGACUGAAGAGGAUGGAGGAGUUUACAUGUGUGGAGUUAAAGGUGCUCAUUUAAUGAUCAGACUGACUUUAAAAGAGGGUCCACCUACAAUUACACCAACUAGGGCAGUGGUCAGUGUGCAGACCAGACCAGCCACUUCAACCACACAUUCCACUCAAAAGCCUGAUGAGGGUCCACCUACAACUACACCAACUAGGACAGUGGUCAGUGUGCAGACAAUACCAGCCACUUCAGCCACACAUUCCUCUCAAAAGCCUGAUGAGGGUCCACCUACAACUACACCAACUAGGACAGUGGUCAGUGUGCAGACCAGACCAGCCACUUCAACCACACAUUCCACUCAAAAGUCUGAUGAGGGUCCACCUACAACUACACCAACUAGGACAGUGGUCAGUGUGCAGACCAGACCAGCCACUUCAACCACACAUUCCACUCAAAAGCCUGAUGAGGGUCCACCUACAACUACACCAACUAGGACAGUGGUCAAUGUGCAGACCAGACCAGCCACUUCAACCACACAUUCCUCUCAAAAGCCUGAUGAGGGUCCACCUACAACUACACCAACUAGGACAGUGGUCAGUGUGCAGACAAUACCAGCCACUUCAGCCACACAUUCCUCUCAAAAGCCUGAUGAGGGUCCACCUACAACUACACCAACUAGGGCAGUGGUCAGUGUGCAGACCAGACCAGCCACUUCAACCACACAUUCCUCUCAAAAGCCUGAUGAGGGUCCACCUACAACUACACCAACUAGGACAGUGGUCAGUGUGCAGACCAGACCAGCCACUUCAACCACACAUUCCACUCAAAAGCCUGAUGAGGCUCCACCUACAACUACAACUAGGGCGGUGGUCAAUGUGCAGACCAGACCAGCCACUUCAACCACACAUUCCUCUCAAAAGCCUGAUGAGGCUCCACCUACAACUACAACUAGGGCGGUGGUCAAUGUGCAGACCAGACCAGCCACUUCAACCACACAUUCCUCUCAAAACCCUGAUGAGCAUUCAGAGUAUUUGUGUGUGGUGAGACAAGGAGACACCAGGCAUUGAGCGCGACUAGUGCUGCCAUUUCAACAGAUUGAGCCGUACUACUGGUGAUGAUGAUGGUCACUGUUUUUUAGUGGUUUCCCCUUAUUUGCUUGUUCUUUAGUUUUAGACCUAUUAGUGAGAUUAUAGGUGCCCUAGCCAGUUGUACUUAAGGCUGUUUUGAUAAGUAUUUUGAUUGUAUUUUGGUCACAAUUUGGAGUGAGUGCACUUCAUUGUUUAAUUGAUUAACCUUUUUUUGGUAGAGUAUUUGUGUUGUUGGUUUUGUUUUGUAUAUUGUAUUUUUGGUUGGUAGUGGGUUGGGGCCUUACCUAUAGUGUCAGGAUCUGUUCUCCCUUUUUGACCCACAGUUUAAACUGCAUUUUUAAAGGGCUUUUUUCAGCUAUUUUUUUAUAUUUAAGAGGUGUUAACUGUCUUGCAUACAAAUGGCUAAUUUUCUUUUGUUGUUCCUUCCUGAGUAAUAAUUGUAAUAAUUCCUUCCUGAAUUAUUAGUCUUACUAUUUUUUUUUUGCUCCUUUUUUAUUGUGUUAAUUGUUAAAUAAACUUGUCCAGUGUAUCAGCCUCAUACCGUGUUCUGUGUGCCUUAUUGAGGAGUGAUUGGCUUUUUGCUGUGGUACUAUACUGUUCCAGAGUAGAAGUUGGGACCCCUUUAGCAUAUAGGGGCUGUUCCCACUAGUGAUCAAGGCCACAUAUGGGAUGUGCUGGAAGUCCAAUCCACUGCAGCUCCACCUUGCAACCUAAAGGAUUUAAAGGAUCUGCUGCUAACAUCUCAGUGCCAGAUACCACACAGCAUCUUCAUAGGCUUUGUGGAGUCCAUGUAUCUGCAGGUUAAAGCUCUUUCUUGGCACCCAGAGGACCAACAGCAUAUUAGGCAUAUUAAUGUCUUAACUCAUUAGUGCAUCUACAGUGAGCUGUAGCUGCUGUUCUGUUCCUGCACUGACUAUUAAACCUUGUU